AUGGCCCACUACUACGCUCCUCGCUAUCAAGUGAGUGCUAUGCACUCCCCGUACGAUGCUGGCUAUGAUAGCAGCAGUGACACUACCUCCAACUCUGCCUGGGAUUCCAAUUUCUCUGAAGAUGUGCUUCCGCCUUUCGAGUAUGCACACAGCUCGCAUAGCAUGAGCCCGGUCUCUGCGGCAUCAACGCAUGCACCAAACACCCCAUAUAUGACCGCAGUCCGCCCUUCCACAUCUUGCACAUCCAGAUCUUCGGGUGUCAAACAAACCCCUCAACCCACAUCCGCUAUGGAGAACGAAGAAGAGCGCCGCAAGAAUAGGAAGCGGGAGCAGAACCGUGAGAGCCAACGCGCCUUUCGUCGCCGCCAGGAAAACCGCGUCAAGUUCCUCGAGACGAAGACUCUCGAGCUCGAGACUUCCAGCCGACAACUCCGUGCUGAGAAUGACCAGCUACGUACCGAGCUUCAUGGCGAGCGCACACGCAAUCAGGAGCUUGUCUCUACUAUGAACAUGAUGUCGCCCUCACCCCUCAACCUUACGCAAGACAUAGUGCCUUCGAUAGAGGCAGACCGGUAUCCCCAGUACAGCCAAAACCAUGAUAGCCAAGGGCUAGACCGUCGCGUCGUGUGGUAA